AUGCCAACUUUAGAGAGUGCUCGAAGAAAAGCUGUGUACCCAGAAUUUUUCAGCACCUCCAAUGAAAUGGAAACAAGGGGAAGGGGAAAAAGAAAAAAGGUGAAUGGAAAUACAACUCCUCUCUCAGAAAGCAGUUUUGCAAUUUCUGAUGAUACUAUGACUCCCCCUCUAUCACCGGAUUUUGUAAAGACCCAGGAAAAUACCCAUCCAAGGUCUGCAGAACAGCAGCAAGCAGUCAAAAAGAAUUCACCUAGCAUAAGUUUCCCAAUGGCCAAAACAAAGAAAAAGACAGAUCGAGAAUUAGAUAAGAGAAGAGAAAUCAAGAAAUUGAGUAUGAGACGAGCGAGAGAAAGGCUGAGAGAAGAUCCAGUUAAAUACGCAGAAGAAAAGAAGAAAGAUAGAGAACGAAAAAAGCUGAGUAGACGCCCAGUACAAGAUUUGAGUGAACGGGAACAGAGACGGAUCAGAAAAAAAUGGCGAGAGCGAUCGAAGCGGUACAGAGAUGGAAAAAGAAAUGCUGAAAGAGCAAGAGUGUAUGAAAAUAACUUUUUGGAAUCUAUAACUCCACCAGACAGUCCUCAAACGAUACAACAACCUCAACAACCUCUGGUAGAAGCGAAUGGUCAUAGAAAUACUACUCCUCGAGAACGUGGAAAGAAAAUAGCUAGAAAAAAUCGAGACAGAAUGAGAAAUGAAAUUGAAAAUUUGAAUAAGUUGGUGAAGUCCCUUCAGAAAACCGUAAAUAAAUAUAAAAAACGAGCAAGCAGAGCGAAGCAAGAAAACGUUGCUUGUGCUUCUAGUCCAAGAUCGAAAGUUGAUCAUAUGAUAAAAAAACAAACCGUGUCUUCAAAAGUCAGGAGGCAACUUCUGUUUGCAGAAGUUAUAAGUGAGCAAGUGAGGAGGAACUUUUCUCGAGAGAAGAAAAUGAAGAACAAGAGAUAUUUCCUAUCUAUGCUCAGUGGCGAUAUUAUAAAUAAAUAUAAGUUUAUGACACGCAUUGGGAGGUUGACGUCUGUGAAAGUGAAUACAUUUAAACAAUCCAAGCCACUGACUGAACAAAGAAUUCUAAUUGCACAGAAAAAGGUGACAGUAUUCUUGGAGAGGGAUGAAAAUAGCAGACUGACAGCAGGAAAGAAAGAGACUAUAACCAGACAAAAAAAUAAAAAACAGAGAAGAUUGCUCAACGAUACCCUUAUCAAUCUGCACAAAAAAUUUGUUGCUUCUCAUCCAGAACACAAAAAAAUGAGUUACGCGACAUUCAGUAAAUUACGACCCUUUUGGAUUUUGAAACCUAGUCACAGAGAUAGAGACACGUGUUUAUGCAAACAACAUGCCAAUAUUUCACUGAUCGUUCAGAGCUUGAAAAGCCAUAAAAUCAUAAACGAAUCCACAAUAAAUGAAGUCAUCAAGACGUUAUGCUGUGGAGAUUCACCUCAAGAGAAAUGUUUAGAGCGAUCAUGUUCUCUAUGUAUUGAUCGGGUUCCUCAUUUUAAUGAUUUCGAUGAGCACGGAGUGAUAUCAUAUCAAACUUGGGCAAUAAAAAAAGAAGAAGUAUUCAUUAAAGGGCAAAAAAAGGUAUGUUCCAAAACUGUGAAAGAAUCUAUCACAUGUUCUAAAAUAGAAGUCGUCAAUAUUCUGAAAACUUCCUUGAAAAAAUUCAUGCAACACGUAUGCAACAUAAAUCAUCAAUACAAAGCUUUAGACUACAUCAGAAAAAAUUUAUCAGACACAGAAGUAAUGUUACACAUGGACUUUUCAGAAAAUUAUGUUCUCAAAUAUGCAUCUGAGGUUCAAGCCUCACACUUUGGAGCUUCUAAAAAACAAAUCAGCCUACACACAUCAGUUUUUUAUCAUGCUAAUGAUAUGAUGAAACCUGUGUCAUAUGGAACAUUUUCCAAUUGUCUGAGGCAUGAUCCAGCAGCAAUUUGCGCCCAUCUGAUACCUGUAUUGAAGGAUAUGAAGCAGGUUGUUCCUAACUUGAAGACAAUACAUUUCGUCAGUGAUGGACCAACGACCCAAUAUCGCAACAAAACAAUGUUUCACCUAGCAUCAUCAUAUUUACCCAGAAUAGUAGGCGCCAUCAAUAUAUUUUGGCAUUUCAGUGAAGCUGGGCAUGGAAAAGGAGCACCAGAUGGAAUAGGCGGAUGUUUGAAAAGAAGUGCCGAUGGAUUAGUAGCCAGAGGCAAAGAUCUACCUUGCCUAGAAAUUUUGGUCCAGGAACUUAAGGAAGCUUGUAAGGGAAUAAAUGUAUUGGUAGUUACUGAACAAUCAAUCUCAGAAAUGGAUAAGGAGGUGUGUUUCAUAUGCCAAGGUAGUUUGAUAGAUGGUGAUGUGGUUACAGUGCGACAAAAAGGCGUGAAAACUCUAAUAAGCUCUAGUGUUCAAAGGAAAAACAACGAGCAUCGUCGUUAUUUAACUAAUUUGAGUGAAGUUAAAGUGCACAGUGCUUGCCAGAAGCAUUACAAUAAUCCGAAAUUGAUUUCUUCGUAUCUGAAAAGAGCCUCCGAACCAUCAACGUCAACACGUAGGUCGAAUGUAUUUGAUUUGAGAAAACACUGCUUUUAUUGUGGGAAAGAAGCUGAUGAUAAUUGGGAGGAAAACCUUCGCAGACUUCCCUAUGCCAAGCGAAAUUUAAUUCAUAAAGUGAUGAAGCUUGAACUAAGAGAUAGCGUUAUUGAGGUUGCUCGAAGGAGAGGUGACAACUGGGCAAGUGAAGUAUGGCAACGUAUCAGUGACGAAGAUCUUUGUGCAAGAGAUGCGUGGUAUCACAGAUUUUGUCAGAGGGAUUUUUACCGGCCAGUCAGGAGCGGAGGAGAAAAGGGACGUCCUCUAUCGAAAGAUGUUGACGAAGCAAUGGAAAUGAUUUUUUCCUAUAUAGAAAACAAUCCAGAGGAAUGCCAAUUCUCUUUAGAGGAACUGAUGAACCAGAUUACGACUGAAAACGUUCCACAGGCUAGGACAGUGAAAACCCGACUCUUGGAGAAAUACGAUGAAGACAUUUUGAUAGUUGAAACUAAAAAGAAGAAGACAGUAGUUUGUUUUAAAAAUACUGGCUAUAAAAUAUUGAGUGAUAGUUUCUAUCAGAGCAGGCUGUUAGAUCCAAGAGAAGAGCGCCUCAGAAUCGUAAGUGCUGCUGCAGAUAUCAUUCGAGAGGACAUCCGAUCACAGGUCUAUGAGAUAUCGCAAUAUCCCCCACCUGAUGAUUUCUUGAAGGAUGUCGAAUCGGUGAUCCCUGAAUCAUUGCUCCAUUUCUUUGAGUCAUUGAUUCUGAAAAAUAAACGAGGGACACUGGAAAAAUGGAAAAAAAGGUGUGUGGCAUUGUCACAUGCAGUGAUUUCUGCAGUGAGACCACGAUCGUUUCUAUCAUCUCUUUUAAUAGGGCUAAGCACGUUCAUAUAUAAACGAUUUGGUUCAAGACUUCUUGUUGACGCUCUCAGCGCAAUUGGAUUUGUGGCUACGUAUGCUGAAACUACCCUACUUGAGAUGUCAUCGAUAGUACGACCUGAGCAACCUAGGGUAACCACUGAUGGAUUCCUCCAAUUCAUUUUUGACAACGCGGAUUUCAAUAUUAACACCAUUGACGGAUUGAAUACUUUCCACUCUAUGGGAGGAAUCAUGGUCGUCACUCCUCACUCGGCCAUCGAGUCAGAAAGAAACAUUGAUCGGCAAGUGAGGAUGUCAUCUUCUGAUGUGUUGACCUCAGUUGGUGUACCUCAAUUGACCACCUUCCACAGGACAGAUAAUGGUGGUUUAAAUACCAUAAUUAUGAAGGACCUCAAUCUCAAUGACCCAGUGGCCUUGGAAGUGACUCUCUCUGGCUGUGAGAUUUUGUGGCUUUACGGAAAGUGGACGAAACGUGCCGAUGUGCCAGGAUGGGGUGGAUACAUGGAAGAAGCAACCAAUCACGGACAAUCUCCUACUUCAAAGAUAUUGUGUCUCCCAUUCUUGAACUACCCUCCCACUUUAUACGACACAAUAUAUACAUCGCUGCUAACGGCAUCUAAAAAAUGUGUGGAACUUGGACAACAGUCGUGCUUUGUCACAUUUGACCAGCCAUUGUAUGUGAAGGCAAAGGAUAUAGUGAGCAGUGAUGACAGUGAUUUAAAAAAUGUCAUUGUACGAUUAGGUGGAUUCCACCUUCUCAUGUCCUUCAUGGGCUGCAUCGGCGUGAUAAUGGCAGGAAGCGGCUUGAGAGACUUACUUUCCAUUAUAUUCGCCGAGAACAGUUUGGAUAAAAUAUUGAGUGGACAUGCAUAUGCUCGAGCAGUGAGAGCUCAUAUGCUAGUCCACAUGGUGUUGUCAUUUUACAUAUUUCAGGAGAUUGAGUUCACGGAUGGUGAAAAAGAAGUUAUGGAAGAAUUGCUGCUUUUUGAAAACAGACCAUCAGUACUCACAUGUCACGAAAACAAAAUUUAUAAGCAUGUGAUGAUCAAGUUUAACAAAGCGCUUCACACCAUUGCAGGUAGAGGACCAACUGCAAAACUAUGGACUCAGUAUUUCUACAUGGUGACAAUUAUGAAGCAGUUCAUUGAGGCAGAGCGGAUGGGCAACUGGCUUCUGCAUUUGGAUACCAUUAAAAAAAUGCUUCCUUACUUUCAUUCUGCUGGCCAUUUUCAAUAUGCUAAAAGUGCUCACCUUUACUUGCAAGAAAUGCUCACAUUGGAAGAGCAAAUGGAUCCAACAGAAUUCAAAAAAUUCACAACAGAGGGCUUUUUCACCAUCAGGCGCAGUGACAAAUUUUGGUGUGGAGUCUGGUCAGAUAUGACCAUCGAACAGACACUAAUGAAGACAAUGAAAGUAAAAGGCGGUUUAACUCACGGGCGUGGGUUUUCAGACUCAGUUCUUACAAAGUGGACUUCAGGGAUGGCAACUCUGCAUGAUGUUUGUCAGAGGAUUGAAGAAUUCUGUGAUAUAUCAACAGGUACAAGUGAGCAACACGUAGACUUGAGACCUUCACGCAGAGAUCGAAAUGCAGCAGACAGUGAGAAACUGAAUAAUUGGCUAUUGCAACACCCCCCAUUUCCACCAUGUAAUGUUCUCAUGUCAGUGAGCAGUGGAGUAAUUGGUGGUCCUGAAGUUAACUGUCAUUUGUCUGUAGAAGUUGGAAGUAUGGGGAUUGCCAAAAUUAUGGGACAGGACUUCAAAAACGUAUCAUUCAAACGCAAAGAUAAGGUUGUUACACUUGCAUCCUGCACUGCUCUGAAGAUAGGGGGAAAGACGAUAGCUACUAUCAACCCGUUAACACUGUUUCAUAGACUGUGCGUUGUGAAACAAUCCGAUGAAGAUUUGAAAUACUGUUUCUCAUUUGAACUUGCUCCAUACCCCAUGUCUAUGUUCACGGAAGAAGGUCUCCGUAAGGGGAAAUUGCCAACCCUCCUCGAGCAACAUCCUAAACUGAAAGAGCAAGCAGCUGCAUUCCUCAAACCCUCAGUCUCUCAAGACGAGAUAGCACAGGCAGGGGAACAGCUGAUCAUGUCUCUAUAUGGAAAAAUGGACAGUGGGACUCUCGAUGAGCUGAGAUACGAGCUCUUCGUCAAAUCUGCAUCAAAAAAGUCGUUCAACCUAGCACGGCUACCACCUACAUCAGAUGCAGCAAGAUGGCACUCAAUGCGAGUAUACCAGCAGGUGCAAACUUGGCUGGGGUGUCCAAUAAGCCCAUGCCAAUGGGGUUGGAGAAAACUUCCAUCCGGCUUAGUACCUAUUCAAACUACUAAAGAUGCUGCUCCCGACAUGUUACUAAAAAUGAUUUCUUGUACUUGCAAAAUCUGGCCUCAACUGCUCUUCUGCAUGCAAGCAUUGCUCCGGCCUCUCCUGCGAAAAUGCUCCUGA